AGAUUCAGAAGACUCGCUCUCCCUCGUUCUUCUUCCUUCCUCCUCCCAUCGCAGCCCCCAGUCGACAACCCCGUCGUUCGCGUGUUUCUUUUGCUUCCGGUUGCAAUUCGCUCGUGCUCCGAUCGAAUUCCCCUGGAAAAUCCCUGCGUCGGCGUCCGUCAAGAAUUCUCUUGGCACGGGUUUUUGUUGUUUGUUUGGGGUCGUUUUAGUAUAAGUUUAGCUGCUGCCACGGCGAACUCCUGCGAAGAGGUAAACAAUCGACCAUCCACCCCCUCAAUCCUCCCCACACACGGUCCGCUGAAGGCGUCGACUGCUCUCCGGUGCCAAUAUGGAUGCUAAGCCCCAGCGAAUUCGCGUCCGUGGAGACGAGAAUGCUCCCCUUCCUCUCGCCGCCGGCAAAACCGUUCACCAGAAAAACAAGUCCACGCCCGCCCUGUCAACCAUGUUCCAGAAUGGCGUGACUAAGAACGCUCCUAGACGAGCUGCCUUUGGGGACGUGAGCAAUACGGCGAACCUGGUGCAGGCCAGCCGAGACGAUGCCUCUCUUGCGGGCAAGAAACAACUCAAGGUAUCGGAAAAGCCGUCGGCAGUCGUCUUGGAGAAGAAACCGGCCGCGCUCUCCCAGCCCGCCCAGCGCCCCAUGUCAGUGACCGGACUGAAGGGUCUAUUGAACAAUGUGUCCCACCCCAAGCCCCUCGAGCCCUCGGCCAAGCAGUUGGGUGUCGCGCAACAGACCGCCAACACCCGCAAGGCCCUCAACAAGCGAGGAACCGUCUUCAAGGACCCGUCCGAACCCCUAGCAGAGAAGAAAGAACUUACAUCCAAGGAAACCAAAAGCGAAACAAACGAAGCGAAACACGUGCCGACGGCGCCUUCUCAGCAAGACAACGGGGAGGAAGAAGUGGUCCCGAAACAGGAACUGGAAGAGCUACUCUCGGAUGAUCUGGAUCCGUCUAUCGCUCUCUCCGAACUUCCCGAGGAAGAGGACGAUGUCUCGAAGGUCAACGAUGAUGACUGCAAGGUCCAGGGCCUCAAGGAAAACAUCAAGCCCGAAGAAUCCCACGCAGCAGUCACAACCCUAGACCGGGUCGCCAAACCUCGCGAUAGUAUCGAACACGCCCCGGUCCAGUCGGAGCCCGAGGAAUACUGGGAUGAAGAGGAAGACGAAAAUGAGGAAGAUGAUGGAUACAUUACGGCCCGUUCGUAUCGUUCCCGUGGGGAUAACACGACUGGCGCAACCACGGCCAUGCUCUUCCCUCGCUUUACCCAGAAGGUGAAGCGUGAGCUGGCUCGCGCAAAGCAGAUCGUGGAGGAAAGCCGAACUCAGGAGGACAUUGAAGAAGAGCUUUGGGAUACCAGCAUGGUGGCCGACUACAAUGACGACAUCUUUGAUUACAUGAGGGAGCAGGAGCUCAAAAUGCUGCCAAACGCCCAUUACAUGGACAACCAAGCAGAGAUCCAGUGGUCCAUGCGCUCGGUGUUGAUGGAUUGGCUGGUGCAGGUUCACCAUCGGUUUGGUCUGCUUCCGGAGACGCUUUUCUUGUGUGUCAACUACAUCGAUCGUUUCCUUUCUUGCAAGAUUGUCUCCCUGGGCAAGCUGCAGCUCGUGGGCGCGACGGCCAUCUUUAUCGCUGCCAAAUACGAAGAGAUCAACUGUCCCUCCGUAGGCGAGAUCGUCUAUAUGGUCGACGGAGGCUACACGGCCGAUGAAAUCCUCAAGGCUGAGCGCUUCAUGCUGAGCAUGCUGCAGUUUGAACUUGGAUGGCCCGGUCCCAUGAGCUUCCUACGAAAAGUGAGCAAGGCAGACGAUUAUGACCUGGAAACUCGAACUCUCGCCAAGUACUUCCUGGAGAUUACCAUCAUGGAUGAGCGCUUCGUGGGCAGCCCCCCUAGCUUCGUCGCUGCCGGUGCUCAUUGCCUCGCGAGAAUGAUGCUGAGAAAGGGAUCCUGGACUGCUGCCCAUAUUCAUUAUGCGGACUACACGUAUUCCCAGCUGCUUCCGCUCAUAUCGCUCAUGAUGGAAUGCUGCGAGAUCCCUCGUAAGCACCACGCGGCGAUCUAUGAGAAAUACGCGGACCGCAAGUUCAAGCGAGCUUCUCUCUUCGCCGAGGCUGAGAUGCGCAAGGGAUUCCGACUCCCCGAGGCGUCCAGAGACAGCUCUGUCUUCGAUCGCAGCCAAUCCUCCGACUAUUGGAAGCGCGCUUAGGCCUCUAUGGCUACAUACCCCCACUUAGCAUCGACUUUUAUUACGACUUUCCUUGCAUUCACAUUCAGCUCUUUCCUUUCCUCACGUUUGGGAUUCAAC